UUUUAUCCACACUAAGUACUAAUUAAGCUAAGCACACUCAGUGGAAAUGGCAAAAUCUGUUUUUGUUUUUGCAGCACUUGCUUUCAUAUUCAUUGUCAUAGUUGAUGCUUCAGACCCUGAAUUAGUCUCUGAUUUUUCUAUCCCUGAUGGAACCGAUGAAAGCAAGCUCGACGGAGUUUUCUUUACUUACACUGGCUUACGGGGAGGCGCAGCAUCCUCUUCUUCAAGCAAUGGCUUUGGCCGUAAGGCUGUUACAGUAAGCAAUUUCCCAGCUCUUGAUGGUACAGGAGUGUCCAUGGAGCUACUUGAAUUCCAGACUGGGGCUGUGAACGUUCCUCACACUCACCCAAGAGGAGCAGAGAUAUUGUUUGUGGUGGAUGGUGCCUUAACUGUUGGAACCACAGACAGCAAUGGAAAACUUUACAAGAAUGUGUUGCAAAAGGGUGAUGUGUAUGUCUUCCCCAAGGGAUUGCCUCACUACCAAGCCAAUUUUGACAAGACCAAUAAGGCUGUUGCUGUUUCUGCAUUUGCCAGCUCCAAUGCUGGUACUGUCAACCUUCCUAAGAAUCUCUUUGGAUCAAGCAUCCCUGAUGACGUUCUCACUAAGGCCUUCAAGAUAUCUGCUGACACUCUCCAGCAACUCAAGACCAGUAACCAAAGCUGAAGAUAUCUGCUUCCUUGAUCACUUUUUAAGUUGUGAAGCGUGUUAAGUAAAUAAAUAAAAUAAAAUAAAUGGGAAGAACACAUGCCAUCCAGGGGAAAACUCUUAUUCAUCAUGUACUAAAGUUCUUCUCUAGUUAU